AUGGCCCAACCGCAGCUCAACCCCGAGGUGGUGUUGGCAGUCGAUGAGAAUGAUGAUAAUAGGUCUGAACUUGGGAGCAGCAUCGCCUCAUCGAGCACGAGCCUGCGCAGCUCCCUCCUCGAUUACCGCGUGGAGAAUGGUCGCACUUACCAUCGGUACAAGGACGGAAAAUACAAUCUUCCCAAUGAUGAACGAGAGAGCGACAGAAUGGACCUAGUCCACCAGCUGUGGCUUCUCACGCUCGAUGAUCGACUUGGUGUUGCCCCGCCAUGCAAGGAAGGCACCACUGUCGGCCGAGUCCUUGACGUCGGAACGGGGACAGGGAUUUGGGCUCUGAAUUUUGGAGACGAGCACCCAGAGGCUGACGUCUAUGGAAAUGAUCUGUCUCCGAUCAUGCCCGGCCAUGUCCCGCCGAACGUUAAAUUUGAAGUCGACGACAUUGAGGAGGAGUGGUUAUGGUCCCGGCCCUUCGAGUACAUCCAUAGCCGACUUAUGACUUCGAGCAUUAGCGAUUGGGAGGUGUAUCUGCGAAACUGUUACAACAAUAUUAAGCCUGGCGGUUACCUUGAACUGCAGGAGAUGGACCUCUUUCCCCGCUCCGACGACGGAACACUCAAAGCUGACAGCGCGUUCUUGAAGUGGGCAAACUUCCUUCACGAAGCUUCCGUCAAGUUUGGGCGCCCUUAUGUGGAGAUUGCUGAGAUUAGAGAUCUGAUGGCUAAAGUCGGCUUCGAGGAUGUUACCAUGAGCGUCUAUAAAUGGCCGUCGAACAGUUGGCCAAAGGACACUAAAUACAAGGAACUGGGGAUCUGGAACAAUGAGAACGUUCUAUCCGGCCUCGAAGCCUUCUCCAUGGCGCCAUUUACCCGCGCCCUGGAGUGGAAGCCUGCAGAAGUCAGCGUUUUCCUCAUUGAUGUGCGCAAGGACGUCAACGACAGAAGUAUUCACGCUUACUGGCCAAUGUAUUGCGUUGUCGGCCGCAAGCCGGAAGCCCCCGCUUCACCUGCUGCUGCUUGA